AUGGCCGUGAACAAGAGCCCCCCCGUGAUGGACGGAGACUGCCCUGAGCAGGAGAACGUGCUGCAGCGCGUCCUGCAGCUGCCCGUGGUGAGCGGCACGUGUGAGUGCGUGCAGAAGACCUACACCAGCACCAAGGAGGCCCACCCGCUGGUGGCGUCCGUGUGCAACGCCUACGAGAAGGGCGUGCAGGGCGCCAGCAGCCUGGCCGCCUGGGGCAUGGAGCCCGUGGUCCGCAGGCUGUCCACCCAGUUCACAGCUGCCAAUGAGCUGGCCUGCCGAGGCCUGGACCACCUGGAGGAGAAGAUCCCGGCCCUGCAGUACCCCCCUGAAAAGAUCGCCUCUGAGCUGAAGGGCACCAUCUCCACCCGCCUCCGCAGCGCCCGGAACAGCAUCAGCGUGCCCAUCUCCAGCACGUCCGACAAGGUCCUGGGCGCCGCCCUGGCCAGCUGUGAGCUCGCCCUGGGGGUGGCCAAGGACACUGCGGAGUACGCCGCCAAGACCCGCGUGGGCCGGCUGGCCUCGGGCGGCGCCGACCUGGCCGUGGGCGGCAUGGAGAAGGUGGUGGAGUUCCUCAUCCCUCCAGCCCAGGAUGAGUCAGCCCCCGUGCCGGGACGCCCGCAGGCCCAAAAGCCCCCCAAGGCCGACCGCAGCCUCGCGAGCAGGGUGGGGACCCUGGCCAACACCAUCUCUCAGCACACCCUCCAGACCACGAAGCAGGUGCUGAAGCAGGGCCACGCCCUGGCCAUGUGGAUCCCCGGGGUGGCGCCCCUGAGCAGCCUGGCCCAGUGGGGAGCGUCGGCGGCCUCGCAGGUGGUGAUCCGGAGGCAGAGCGAGGUGCGGGUGCCCUGGCUACACAACCUGGCCGCCGCCGCCGCCCGCGCCCGCGAGGCGGAGCGCGAUGACCAGACGGACAGCGAGGGGGACGAGGCCAAGGAGAAGGAGAAGGAGGAGGACUCCAACUCGGAGGCCGAGGAGCAGUUCAGCGAGGCAGCAGCCCCGCCCCGCCCACAGGGCCUGCUGGGCACCGCGGUGCACACCCUGCAGAAGGCCGUGCAGGGCACCAUCUCGGCCGUGCUGUGGGCGCCCGCCGCCGUGCUGGGCACGGCAGGGAGGAUGCUGCGCCUCACGUCGGCCCCCGACGUCGCCCCGGCCAAGGCCAAGAGCAGGGCCAUGUCGCUGUCGGACGCCCUGAAGGGGGUCACGGACAACGUGGUGGACACGGUGGUGCACUACGUGCCGCUCCCCAGGUUGUCCCUGAUGGAGCCCGAGAGCGAAUUCCGGGAAAUCGAGGAGCUGAAGCGCAGGGCAUCGGCCGCGCCCACCUGCUCGGAGCCCUCGCAGCGCCCGGCCCAGCACCGGGGCAGCCUGCGCAGCGCCAGGGGGCCGGGCCUGGAGGACAGGGGGGACCUGCCCACGGCGAUGAGCUCCACGUUCCCGGCCGUGCCCCGCGAGAAGGCGCGCAGGGUCAGUGACAGCUUCUUCCGGCCCAGCCACAUGGAGCCCAUCCUGGGCCGCGCGCAGUACAACCAGCUGCGCAAGAAGAGCUGA